CUCAGUCUGACUGCAACACCAGGACCCUCCAGGACCCUCCAGGACCCUCCAGGAUCCUCCAGGACCAUGGACCCGAAGCGUCUGUCCUCUGCGUCUCAGCAGCAGGUGAAGCUCAGGAUAAAGGUGAGAUAAUCUAUACUUUUCAUUUAUCUGACCGCUUCAGAGGCUCUGUGAUCAAGUUUUAAAGAAGUAAAUAAAAGUAGGAACAUUAACAUCGUAACACUCCUGGAGUUUAUUCACAUUUAUAAGUUAUUAUUGAUAAACUAAAAUGUGACAGUGACAGUCAGGGAACUUUAGUACAGCUGUGUGUAAAUACAGUGAACUGAGUCAUAGUAGAAGUAGGUUAGUCGGCCUACAGUCAGUGCUGUAGUGUUAUACAGCUGCUCAGUAGGGGAGACCAGAGCUUGUUGUCACAUUGCAAUUAUCUUCUCCACCAGAGGGCGCAACUAAAAAGUGGAAUACUAGUUUUCUUCCUUUCCAUGGUCAGGGGUCGUGUCCUGUCUGAGAAGAGACAAUUGUGAGCUGAGAUGAGCGUCAAUUAACUAUUUUACACAACCCGAAGUAAAAAAAUUAUAACUUUAUAUAUUUUAAAAUAAUCUUCUUCCAGAUAAAAAUCCUCGCAGUGAAACAUGUGGACUUGUUAGAGGAGAGAUUAAGACAUCCUGUCAUACGUCAGUCAUUCAACUAGAGCUGGAAUUAGCAAACAUGGUAAUUUGGAGCGACAUGUCUCAGUCAUUCUGGGGUUAGUUUUCACAUGUUUAAAAGGGAUUAAAAUUAACACAGAGAGUCUGUUUAUCAGCAGUUUUCAUCCAGAAACUUUGACUUUAUUUUACAGAGAACAGAGUGGUUUAAAGGAGAGGAGAAAGAGAGAAAGAAAAACUGAACAUGUCAGUGCAGUUCCUGACGUGAUGCUGAGGACAGUCAGACAGGUGACCCUCGAUAAUAAAUCAAUCUGGAGGACAAUAAAGGACUUUAAUGUCGACUACCUUAGCUCUGUAAAACAUUCACCCCAGCUGAAACAGAGUCAGACAGAUCUCCAAACUCCAGAGCAGGUUGAUAAUAUUUUAUAUUAACGUUUGUUUAAUGACUUUUUCUUUAACUCAAUGAUAAACAUUUUCUCUGUCUGACUUUAAUGUUCACUUUACUGUAAAAAAAUGAGAACAACAAUAAUUUUGUUUUAUAAGUUGUCAAAUCCACUGUGACAUCUUACCCCAUAUAGUGAGACAACAUGUCACAUGAUCACACUCUCUAUUUAUGGUAAUGAUAACUUUAUUUUAUCUUUAUAGCACUUUUAAAAACAGAGGUUUACAAAGUGCUUUGACAAACAGUCAUAAAGCAUCAGCGCAUGAAAAUAACAACAAAUUAAAAAAAAAAACCCUCAGAAUUAAAGACCAAUUAAAUUUUUCAUAAGGAACCCAGACAAUACAAGAACCCUACAACAUAAAAUGAGACCAUGAGGACCAAAAUAAAACCAUAAAAUGGGAAAGAAAAGCAGGAAACAGGAUAGUAAAUAUGAAAAGAGAAUAUUGGUUUAUUUAUAUUUAUAUUUAUAUAUAUGAUUGAUUGAUUACAAGAAAUAUAUUAAAGUGUAAAAAGUGUGACAACAGGCCCCGGUCUCCCCUAUAAGGUUACUGGGAAUGUUUUGUUGAACUGGGAGCAUCAUUGAAAUAUUGUAAGCAGAGGAAACAGCGCCACUCUGUCAUUAGACUCCACUCAGCGGUCAUGCGGGGUACUACACCCGCUGCUCCGCUGUUAUUCAGCGCCUCUACGAGUCCGGCACGAGCCCUAAUUGCGCACGCGCAAUGAGAUGAAUGGCCGCUGCACCUGACGGGCCACCAGGAAGUGUGGCGGACAAAUCCUCGGCCGUUAAUCCGCGCUCGGCACCGACAAUAGCAUGAACAGCGGGCCGGAGCGCUCAGAGUGACCGUCAGCACCGUCUCUGCUCCGGGCUCAGCCUCCGGGAUCCGCCGCUGGGAGCGCGCUGAGUGCAUGAGGCAGAGCGAGCGGGGCUGUCCGUGUCCUCCCCCCCGCCUGCCGGGCUCCAGACCCCGCUGCUGCCGAGCUGAAGCUCCGUGAAGCUCCGUGAGGUCCGGGCUCGUUCACCCUGACUGCAAUGGGAUGCUGCGGAAGCACGGAGGUAAGAACGACACGGUUCGGACCGGCCCGGUACCGUCCUCCCUCCGUUGCCCUUCAGCUCAUCCCCGGUGUGUGUUUGUUCUGCCGCCGCCGGGACCGGGAGCCCGUCCCGGGGAGCGGAGAGGGCCGAGCCGGGAUUAGAGCCAGCGGCUGUAAUCCAAUUAGCUGUUCCCGGGUUACCGGGGCCUGCUAACGGGACCGGGGCCAGAUGGGUUACCGGGCCUGGUACCUGGACCACAGCCCGCCGCUCCGGGUCCGAAUAAUCUGAUUAAAGAUGUGGGGGGGAAACCGGGCCGGACCGGGAUGAUGGGCCGGGCCCGGGUUGAGGGUGGACCGUACGGCUCUGCUCCCGGUCUGACCGUGUGUGUGUGUGUGUGUGUGUGUGUGUGUGUGUGUGUGUGUGUGUGUAUGUGUGUGUGUGUGUGUUUCAGAGGACAAAGAGAGAAUGGAGACCGCUGGAGGACCGGAGCUGCACAGACCUGCCCUGGUUCCUGCUCUUCACCGUCUUCUGCGUCGGCAUGGUAACCAACACCGAGCCUCGCGCUCUCACACACCUGACAUAUUUAUAUAUAAUGAUAAUAAUCCGGUAAAUUACCGGGACAUCUCCGUCACAUCACUUUGUUUACAUAACCGGAGAAAAAAAACGGAUCCAGAACCGAUCCUGAUCCGGUUCGGAUGAUCCAUUAGGACCAAUAACAGUCAGAGCGCGAGCCCCGUUAUUUUGGCACUUCCUGUUUAACAUCACAGCUGAUUGUGAGGUGAUCAUGAUCAGGAGGAUAAUCAAUCAGGUCCUGAAAUCAUUGAUUAUUUGAGGCUUUAGCUGCAGCUGCUGUGUGAAGACAGAGUGAAGCUGCUGUCUGACGGACUCUUCAGUGUUAUCACCGUGAGAAGAUUCAUCUGUGGAGCUUCACCUGCUGAUGGAGAAGAAGAACGGAGGAGGCGUGGGCAGGUGACCUUCACAGAGGCGUCAUAGUAAACCUGAACUGAACAGCAGUGAAGAUGUAAUCACUGUAAUUAACUCAUGAACCUGACAUCAGAGUCAACAUGAGAGAAUAAGGCGACGCUAGAGAGAACGUCUGAUGUGGACAUUAUCGUAAAAAGAUGGACGUCAGCACAGGAGUGGACUUAAAGGGAUAUUCCGACAUGAAAUUAAUUUAGGGUCAAACCCACCGUAACACCGAGUUAGACCCCCCCUCCAGAGAUGAAUGUUGUCGACCGCUUGCUUCUCUAGUUAUACCAACUUUAGUAACGACCGCAGGAUAGAAAUACAGAGAGCCACGCCCCCAACCAAAACGCCACUCUAUAGCCACAAAUAAUGCUCAGAACAGCACCUAACUUCAUCAACAGGACAUACAGACCUCAGGCUAGUCCAUUACGGCUCAAGGAAGAACAUUUAUGAUCAUUUCUUCAUGGAAAUACAAUCAGACUGAGACGCUAAGACAGAAGAACUACCGCGUCUGAAAAACGAUCAAUAUGAUGAUUAUUACUUCAAGGAAAUGAUGAAGAAAUGAUCAUAAAUGUUCUUCCUUGAGCUGCGGCACCCCGCUGUAGUCCGUAAUGGACUGGCCUGAGGUAUCGCUAGAGUCCGAUAAGUCAGCUGCUAAACAGGUGAACAUGAAAGUGAAGAUGUGGACAUGAAAACAAAAAUAAACAAAACUGAAAAUCUUAUAAAACACUCUGGAAAAGUGGACUUCACCAUCCUGAACUUCAGACAUGAUCAGAUCCAAAAACUGACACCUUAUUAUAGAUAAAGACUUUAUAAAGCAGACGUGUACGUCAUGAUGAAGGAGCGGACAGUGAGGAAGAGUACAGUAUGUCAUAGUGAGCGUGUGGACAUUCAUGUGAACAGAUGAAGAUCUUAUAAAACACAUCGUCACCCUAUUAAAAUAAUGGCCUGAGACAUUUUUUGAUGAAAAUGAGUUUUUGGCCUCAAUCAUCUAAACUCAUUUUCUUUAAAAAAGACUUAGACCAUUAUUUUAAUAGGCUGAUGACCGGGAGAUGUUUGGAUGGGUGAGCAGAAGUCAACAGUGGACAUGGACUCUAAAGAGGAAGUAUUCUGAACACAUGGAGAUCUGAGUGAACAUGAGGACUUCCUCCUAAACUUCUGGACAUCCAAGAAAAUGUGUGGAUUGAAGUAAGCGUGGGCUUUCAUUGGACUGUGGGACAUCCUGGUGAACAUGAAGAGAUCUUUGUGAACAUGAGGGCUUCAGACUUUCUCAUGAACUACAUCCUAUGACACGUGAACAUCUAAGUGAGCGUGGGCUAACAGUGAACUCUUGGACCUCCUGGAGUGAACAUGUGAAGACCUCGAUUCUCUCUGAAGACUCAGUGACCGUGGUGGACAUGCAGAAACAAAAGACAAUCUGGUAAACACAUAAAAUGGUAAAAGGAAACAGCGGUGAUCGUUGUGAACGUGUGUAGGUCAUAGUGAAAAAAGGAUUAAUUAAAAAUAAACAUUUAAACUUUUAAGUUCACGUGGACAUCCAGGUGAAAAGAGUAAAAUAUCUUCAGACGUAUGAGGACAUCACCAUGAAUGAAGCUCAUCUGAGUGAACGUUAAUUAUGAAUAAACCAAAGUGAAGCUGAUUCAGCUCCUCACAGUUUAUUUCAAAUAUCUCUCUAAUUUUUGUAUUUCCUGUAUUUAUAUAUCAUUCUACAUUUAUAUUUGGUCAGAGCUUAAACUGGACCGUGAUCCUGUCCUCACUCUCUAUCUGUUUUUUUUUUUUUUUUUUCAGGGCAGUAUCUGCGGAUUCACCAUCGCCACCGGCGGCGCCGCGCGCCUCGUUUACGGCUAUGACAGCUACGGCAACACAUGUGGUCAACGCAACGAGCAGAUUGAAGGCGUCCGGCUCAGCGGGCUGGACCACACCGACAGGAAGUGAGUCUGAGAACCCUGCCUUUACUGUUUUCAUAAUAACACACGUUACUGUCGCAGUUUUGGUUUGACUCAGCGGAGUUUGUUGUUCUGAACAGUUUUUAUUUAGGGCCUCACCUCCCUCCAGGUUUUUCUUCUACUAAGUAUCCUCUAACACCGUGUCCCAAAAACAGACUUUAGGGCUGAUUUUAAGACGUGGAUUUUAUGACUGAGGUCAAAACAUGAAGUGGCAUCAAGCUCAGAGUUUGUUGGUUUGGGGCCUUUUCCUCUGGAGCUGUAGUGAAUUCAUGUGUUUUAAUCUGACUGUUGAGAUCAGAUCAGCUCUUAAAAUAAACAAUAACAGUGUUAUUAAUGAGAUAAUGUUGUUAUAGUUUAGUUCAGGGUUAGUUUAUUACACUGUUAUUAAUCAUGUGUUACUGUCAUUGUAACAGUUAGGUUAUAACAGUGUUAUUAAUGAUGUAAUGUUGUUGUUAUAGUCAAAGUUAGGGUUAAUUACAGUGUUAUUAAUCAUGUGUUACUGUCAUUGUAACAGUUAGGUUAUAACACUGUUAUUAAUGAUGCAGUGUUGUUAUAGUUUAGUUCAGGGUUAGUUUAUUACACUGUUAUUAAUCAUGUGUUACUGUCAUUGUAACAGUUAGGUUAUAACAGUGUUAUUAAUGAUGUAAUGUUGUUAUAGUUUAAUUCAGGGUUAGUUUAUUACACUGUUAUUAAUCAUGUGUUACUGUCAUUGUAACAGUUAGGGUAUAACAGUGUUAUUAAUGAUGUAAUGUUGUUGUUAUAGUCAAAGUUAGGGUUAAUUACAGUGUUAUUAUAAAUAAUACUUUGCUGUUAUAGUUUUCACAGUGAAAUGUUAAAGGAGUAUAACUGCAGUGUGUACCAUGACUGUAGUAUACCUGUAGUUUUACUGAGGUAUGGCUGAACUAUAGCUUCAUUGUACUUUGACCGUACCAUUCUGUAGUAUAGGGCUGACUUUUGGCUGAAUGUACUUUGACCUUCGAACUAUGACUGUAGUUUAGCUGUAGUUUGAUCCAGGAAAGACUGCAGUAUAUCUAUGAAAUAACUGUAGUAUUACUGCAGUAUGACAGCAGUAUCUUGUUUUACUGUCAUAUCACUGUAGUAUGAUAGUGGUGUUAAUAUAUAGCUUACUGUAAUACUACUGUAUUAAUAUUUCCAAUUGCUCAGUGUUGAUAGAUCUAGACAGUAGUGUCACUGUAUAUUACUGCAUAUUACUGUAGUGUCACUGUAUAUUACUGUAGUGUUACUGUAGUGUCACUGUAUAUUACUGUAGUAUUACUGUAGUGUCACUGUAGUGUCACUGUAGUGUUACAGUAGUAUAACAGUAGUAUUACUGUAGUGUCACUGUAGUGUCACUGUAUAUUACUGUAUUUAUACCUUAGUUAGUUAGUAUCAGUGUUGGAGUACCACUGCAUUUUUUACCACAGUAUGGCUGAAGUAUUAUAGUAUUACUGUAGUGUCACUGUAGUGUCACUGUAGUGUUACUGUAGUGUCACUGUAUAUUACUGUAGUGUCACUGUAGUAUUACUGUAGUAUUACUGUAGUAGUAGUGUCACUGUAGUGUUACAGUAGUAUAACAGUAGUAUUACUGUAGUGUCACUGUAGUGUCACUGUAUAUUACUGUAGUAUUACUGUAGUGUCACUGUAGUAUAGCAGUAGUAUAACAGUAGUGUUACUGUAGUAAUGGUGUAGUGUCACUGUAGUAUUACUGUAUUUAUACCUUAGUUAGUUAGUAUCAGUGUUGGAGUACCACUGCAUUUUUUACCACAGUAUGGCUGAAGUAUUAUUGUAGUAUCAUUGCAGAAAUACUGCAGACUGUAGCACAGCUUUAGUCAGACUGUAGUAGGACUACAGUGUUACAGCUAUGUCACAGUACUAUGGGGGUAGUAUGAAUGUAGUUCUUCUCUAGUAUAGCAGUAGUAUGACUGUAGUUUUAGUGGAGUAUUAUUGUAGAAAGUUGUAGUAUAACUGUAGUAUGACUGCAGUUUGACUGUAGCAUUGAUGACAGUGAUGUAUUCUAAGUGGAGUGUAAUUGUAGUGUAAUUUAAUUGUAGAAUUAGUGUAGUGUCAGUGUGUUAUGACCAUAGUUUUAAUGGAGUAUUUUUGUAGCAUAGUUGUAGUAUAACUGUAGUAUGGCUGUAGUAUAACUUUAGUACAACUGUAGUUUUAUUGAGGGUGUUAUUGUAGUCUCGUUGCAGUACAGCUGUUGUUUAAACGCAGUAUCAUUAUAGUAUCAUUGCAGUACGACUGUAUCUUAAAUGCAGUAUUAUUGUAGUAUAGUUGUAGUACCGUUGCAGUACGGCUGUAGCUUUAAUGCAGUAUUAUUGUAGUAUAGUUGUAGUACCGUUGCAGUAGGGCUGUAGUUCUCUUCGGUGUCUGUAAGUGGGUCAGACUGGAUCUAGAACAGAGGGUGCGUUCAGGUCCUGUGGGAGUUUUCAGUGUUGAUGUGCUGACAGAGCUGUGACUCAUCAAAACACAAACAGCUGAUGAAACAAGGAAACACACUUUAAUGCUAAGGCUCAGCGCCUGUCGAGAUGUGUGUGUGUGUGUGUGUGUGUAUCAGUGUGUGUGUAGGUGAUGUUUGCAGGUUUUUCCAGUGUUUCUUUGUCUCCCACGUUCUCGUUCUGCUCCUGACUGAAAAAUAUCCUGAUUAAAUGUCGUUGUUGUCGUUGUCGUGGAUUAUAAUCUGAGUUUAUUUCCUGUAAAUUUUCUGUCGUUAUCAUCCAGUUUUCUUUUUAAUCCCCUGCUGAAAAAAUAUGUGCUGACUCUGCAAAAAAAAAAAACACCAGCAUGACAGGACAAAAAUAAAAGUUUCUCUGCCUGAGGCUCUUAUUUUGAAGGAGUGAUCUGAAGGGAGCUGUUGAAUAACUCAGGUGGGCUCUGUGUGUGUCCGCAGGUACGUCUUCUUCCUGGACCCCUGUAACAUCGACAUCGUCCAGAGGAAGAUCAAAUCGCUCGCUCUCUGCGUGUCUCUGUGCCCCCCCGAACAAAUGAACACCUACCAGGACCUGAAGAGGUUCGCCAUGAUCAACGGUGAGGUCAUCGUCACUCAGUCACAUGACCAAACACACCUGCAGCAGGUGACAGAGGCGCGCACCUCCUCAAAGUUGCACCUAUUCAUCUUUCCUCGGGUCCAAGUGUGUGUGUGUGUGAGGAAGCAGUGAUGUCACCAGUUGUACGGAUGCUCGCCGUCACGUCAUGAUGAUGAUUAAAUGUCUGCAGGCGUACAGUGCUACACACACACACACACACACACACACACACACACAGGCUCUGUGUACAGUAACAAAGGCAGCAUAGAUCCGUGUGUGCUGGCGCCACUGUGCUCCGUUUGUCCGCCAUCAUGGCUGCUCUCAGUGUGGUCACUGUUUCAAACGUGACAGACGCUCCAUCAGGUGACCUCACUGCUCCUCUGGGCGCCAUGAAAGAACUUCUGUGAGAGGAACACCAACAUGACCCACACAUGACCCACACAUGACCGCCGAGGUGAAGAGGUUAGCUUAGCUUCAGGAUCAGGAUCAGGAUCAGGAUCAGGGUUUCCCACGUCGUCUAAACUCCUGUUGUCAGAAUCUGGUUCUGGAUCAUCUGAAGGUCUUCCCUGAAAACGUCCUGGUCUGGAUGGACGCAGAUGUUGCUCCUAAACCUGGAGAUCUUGUUCAGGAUUAAAGGAGCCUUCACAGAUGACUGAGGCUGUUUACCGCAGUAUUCAGUAGAUACUUCAUACUGAGUACUGUGUUCUAUAGUAGUAUACAGUAGAUACUUCAUACUGAGUACUGUGUUCUAUAGUAGUAUUCAGUCUGACUGUUAGUCGGCUGUUAUUCUGUAGUUUGGUUGGUCUGGUUUAACUGGUUUAACUGGUUUCCAGUUUGGAAAAGUCCAUUGUGGUAAAUUAAAACAACACCACAGAGUUGUUCGUUCAUUUACACCAGGGGUCUUCAUAUAAAUUUUCAGUGGGUCCACCUGAAUGAAAUGCCUGCAGGCCUGGGUCCAGGGAUUUUUAUUGAUUUAUUUUUUUACAGUGCAUUACUCUUUUGAAAUAUUCACUUCAUUUGUAUUGCCAAUAACUGCCUACUUUCAAUUGGCUGUGUGCUUCCUGCGGGUAAAAUGAAUGCAAAUGACUCGGUCCACUCGCCAUAAAACACCCUGUUCUCAUUCUCUACCUUUCGUGGUUUUUAAGCCGACAUGUUUAGCUGCUGCUACAACUUUCUCCUCAGUCUGCCGCCUGACAGUUUUCAACAUCGGGAUUGCUCGGUAAUCUUCGUGUGUCGAGUAGGCUAAAAGGUCUGAUUUGAUGAAUUUUAAAGUCCAGGAGCAAAAGUACCAAGAUAAAAGCACGCAGAGCUCAUCCCCAACUGUGGAUGGUCUCCGGUGGCGCAGUGUGGUAGACAUCUAACACCCUGAUGUGAGCGAUGUGUUCAGGUUGAAGACCGGCUCCUGGUUCGAAACCCGCUCAGCCCAGGGGUUUGGCGUUACCCCCCCCGGUGUUUCCAGAGAGAUAAAAUAUGGGGGUUAUGCUACAGGAAGUCAGAGCAGGCUGAACUUUAGAGUAAGGAUGGGGAGAAGUGUUGAUGGGGGGGAUCAUAGGGGGGGCGGCGGAUGGCGUCCCCAAUGAGGCUUGAACCCACUGACCCAUGUGGAUACACAAGACAAUCUUGUUUUUUUUUCAAUUAUCACUGUACUUUAAAUAAUUCCAGAUAACUGACUUUCCUUUUCUUUUUGGCAACAAAUCUUCAUUUUCGGUGGUUUUCUCUUGUUCGUUGCUCAUUUUGCGAUCGUUGUUGUUGUUGUUGUUAGCGGUGUUGUGCCGAGAAACUCAUGUCCUCAUGUAGAGUGGUCCACGGAAAUAUACAUUUUAAAACCCAUACAGUUCUUAUUUGUUGGGCUUAACAGUCAGUGAAGUUCCGAGAGUAAUUCUCAGCGGACACACGUCUCCCUCCAUGUGCAGAACAUGUGCAGGGGUGGGUUUCCUACGCUCUGAUUUUGAUUGACAGCUGGCAGGGUAGUCUGAUUGGCAACUGAUCUGAUUCAGCUACCCUUGAAAUUAACUGAGUUCAUUCACCUCCAACAUCGCAGGCUGUGCGAUGUGACUAUCGCACACACGUAUAUCGUGCAGGCCUACAAGAGAGAAAAAAACAUACAUUUUUCUGCAGUAGGCUCGGGUCCGUAUUGGACUCUUUCCCGGUCCGGAAGUGGACCGCGGUCCGCCAUAUGGAGACCACUGAUUUACACACUGAAAAAAAUCUUUUCUGUUUUAAUUUGAUUUUUCUGGAUUUUUUAGUCCAAAUCCAUCAGAACUUGUUCUGUCUCUGCGAUGACUCGAUGAUGAUCUGGCGUCAUCAGAUUCUCCUCACGGCGCCGUAAAUACAGCAAAGUUCUGUUGUCAUGAUGUGUGCUGUUUGAGUGAGUUUUUCACUGGUUUUGUGUUUCCUUUGUGGUUUUUCUCUGUUGUUCCUGUCCCCCUGUCGUCUUGUCUUGUGAGUUUUCAGUUUGUGUCUGACCCUCAUGUUCUUAUUCAUUAUCAGUUUUCAGUGUUUCCUGUUUUAUUUUGUAGGAGUUUAUUCCGUGUUUCUACUUCCUCAGUUUUCACUCCUCAGUGAUUGGCUGCACCUGUGUCUGAGUGUCUCACCUGCCUCUCGUUGCUCGUUUCCCUGUGUGUGUCUGUGUGUGUGUGUGUGUGUGUCUUCCCCUGUCUCUUUGUUGGUUCUGUGUACGUCUGUGUUUGUCGACGCCUCUGUGUCUCCGGUGACUUCCGUUAAUUUUUUGCCCUUCUGAAUAUUUGAGUCGGACAUUUUGAAAGUGAGUUUUUUGUUGCUUCUUAUUUCGUUCUUUUUUGAAUAAAUCAUCUUUGGUUCUGCACACGGGUUCUUCCCCUUUUUGUGUCACCCUGAAAAACAUGACAUCAGUUCUGUUAAGUGACUAUUCUCGCUGAUCGUGUUGACUGAUGGCGUCUGCGUGGCGUGGUCUUAGUCUUUUAGUGUCUCUUAGUGUGGAGAGAGAACAUGUCCCUGAAAACACAGAAGGACAGAAAAUAAGAAAGAAAAGGAAACGAUGAGAAGGACAGAGGACCGAGAAACAUCCUGAUAACUGAUAGAGUCAGUCGAUAAAGGGCUGAUUAAGAGUUUAGGUUGUGGUGACAGAGUUGUUGCUCUAACAGAUUUAAGAUCUUUGAUAGAAAAGGUCAGAGUCCGGAGUUCACCUGUUGUAAUAAUAAUAAUAAUAAUACAUUUUAUUUAAAAGCGCCUUUCUGGACACCCAAGGACACUGUACAGGCAUUAAGAACACAGUUAAAACACUGUUAAAAUAAAUAAAAACAAUAUACAGGUAUGGAAAUGGACAGUUAAAGGGAAUAUGCAAUUUGGAACAGAUGUGUUUUGAGUUUUGAUUUGAAGUGGGGUAGUGAGUCCAUGUUUCUGAGAUCCGGGGGGAGAGAGUUCCAGAGUUUGGGAGCAGAGCGACUGAAAGCCCUGCUCCCCAUGGUGCUGAGUCGGGCAGAGGGGACAGAAAGGUGGAGGGAGGAGGAGGAUCUGAGGGAGCGUGAGGGGGUGGCGAUGUGGAGGAGAUCAGAGAGGUAAGGGGGGGCAAGGUUAUGGAUGGCCUUGAAGGUGUAUAGUAUGAUUUUAUAGUGGAUUCUGGACCGGAUAGGGAGCCAGUGAAGCUGCUGAAGGACAGGGGUGAUGUGGUGGAAGGAGGUUUGUUUGGUAGUGUGGGGCAGCAGUAGCUCAGGAGGUAGAGCGGUCGUCCAAUAACUGGAAGGUUGUCGGUUCAUUUCCCACUAUCCUGAGUCUGUCCGUGUCUCCUUGGGCAAGACCUUUAACCCCCCUUUGUUCCUAGUGUGUGUCCUCCACUGGUGGUCGUGGUCGGCAGCCAUGUUUCUGUCAGUCUGCCCUAGGGCAGCUGUGACUACUAAGGUAGUCUACCAUCACCAAAGGGUGACUGUGUGAGCGAAUGAAUGAAUGAAUGAAUGUAAAGAGGUUUGAGGGUCUCUGAUGAAGCGCUCUAUGAAAUCUGAUGCUUUAUUAUUAUUAUUAUUGUUAUUGAGUUUGUUAGUGUGUUCCAGGUGUGGGAGGCACGACUGGAAAAAGUGGUUUGACACUGUGGAAGAGCUGUGGAAGAUUUUGUAAACCAAGAUCACGUCAUGAUUUUUUAAUAUCUGACAGUGAUGGAACAUUUUUGUUGCUACUGCGCAGCGCUGGUUUCAGGAAAUGAAGAAAAAUCCCAGAAAUACAGAGAGCUUUUCGGCUUCAAAUCCGUAAACAGGCGGGAGGCGGAGCCAAGUUGUCCGGAGUAAAUACAGUCUGUGGUUAAAUUUAAUUCUAUUGACAGUGUUUUUUUAUGUGUUGUUUAUAAAGGAGUUGUGAGUCAAGAGUGAUCCCUCAGUAUUUAAACUCUUAUAUUACUUUGAUGGUUUUACCUCGUACACAGACGCUGGAUCUCUGUAUGAACUUCUCAAAAAGAGCAAAUACUGACAGUCUUAGAGAUGUUCAAAUGUCGUUUGGAUUUCUCUGAGUCAGUUGUAAACAUUCGUCCAAACAUCUGUCAGUUCUGACGCAGCGAGUCCAUGUGGUGACUCCCACUCCAGAGUCCGGUCUGUUUUUAAUACCCUGAAGAUCAGGACCAUCCAGUCCUGGUUUUGGUCCUCAGUCAGCACUUUUACUUGUGUUAAUGUGUGUGUGUGUGUGUGUGUGUGUGUGUGUGUGUUUCAGGUUCUGAACUGUGUUCUUAUGAGUUAGCGGGUCAUAAAUAUCCGGGUCUACCUGAGAGGUUCUCCAAGUGUCCCAAACUUCCUGUCCCGCCCAGGUACGCCUCCCCGCCGCCGCCGCCUGACCUGCAGUAUCUCCGUCGUGAUGUUUCUGUUUUCCCUGACCUUUGACCUCUGACCUCCUCAGUAAGCCUCUGCCCGUGUUUAACCGCUGCACGCCGCUGGAUGUUUCCUGUUACGCCAAGUUUGCGGAAGCCGUGGUGACGUUUGUGGGCGACAACAGCGUCCUGCACCGCCUGAUCGCCGGCGUGGCGGCGAGUAAAGAGAUCAUCAUCGGGCUGUGUGUGCUCGCUCUAGGUGAGAGACACACCUGAAGGUCAAAGGUUAAGUGAUUCAGGAUGUUUGAGGUCAAAAACAGACUGUUUCAUCCCGCCGUGUCUGACCUCUGACCUUUGACCUCUGUGUGCCCCUCAGUCCUCUCCAUGAUCCUCAUGGUCAUCAUCCGGUACAUCUCUGCCGUCCUGGUCUGGAUCCUCACCGCGCUGGUCGUCCUCGGAUCCCUCGGUGAGUCCGGGUCCAGUUUGACGUUUGUUUGUGUUAAUGAACCAAUCAGCUGACUGCGUGUGUGUGCGUGUGCGCGUCCUCAGCGGGGACCAGCGUCCUCUGGUGGUUGUACAUCGAUCACCGGCUGUACGGGAACGACACCUCCUCCUCCUCCAAGGCGAUGAAGGAGGUUCUGAAGGAGGAGGAGCUCAGUAAGGACAGCGGUCAGGCGCUGCUGGUUUACGCGGCCGCCGCCACCGUCUUCACGGUAAGAUAACCGUCUGUCAGAGCGAUGUGGGCGGGGCUUUCUGCUGUAAACGAACGCUGACAGCGUGACUCUGUGUUUCCUCUCAGAUCAUCCUGCUGCUGCUGAUGCUCUUCAUGAGGAAACGCGUCGCUCUCACCAUCGCUCUGUUCCACGUGGCGGGGAAAGUCUUCAUCCACCUCCCCCUCCUCACCCUGCAGCCCUUCGUCACCUUCCUCGCCCUCCUGCUCUUCUGGAUCUACUGGGUCCUGGUCCUGCUGUUCCUGGGAACCACGGGUCAGUUUAACCCUUUCUUGUCACCUGAUUAUCUGUCCGACCCGGGAGCGUUCUCUGGUCCGAUCGAGGGCGCAGAAGUGGGUUAGGAACACGUCCGUAUCAAUAAUCAGCUGCUACAGUGUCGCCCCUAUCAAUACAACAGCUGUCUGUUGUGAUAAUCAAUGAUUUUGGCACAUAAAGGGUUAACAGUCGGUCUCUGCUAAAAGUCCCGCCUCUAACCGAGAUAUCGCUCUUCGAUUGGCUGACGGUUUCUCACUCUCCUGCUGUCACUCAUCUGCCUGUAAAAGUUACCUGCUGGUUGGACCAGAUGGGAGAGGAAGGUCCCGCCCUCCUUUGCCUCUGAUUGGCUCAAAGUGCUGGGCUCUGAUUGGUUAUUCCUUAUAGCUGUGAAACGUCAUCGUCUGUCGGGUUCAGAGAUUCAGAACUGCGAUAAUGUUCUGUUCGAUGUUCAGAGCCGACAGCCCGCGUUUGGCUUGAGGGUGUGACGACGUUUCACAGCCAAUCAGAGGCGAAGGAGGCGGGACCUUUCCCUACCAUCCUACAAAAAAUAUAUAUAUAAUUAUUAUUUUUAAUUAAUUAUUACUUUAAUUAAUUAUUAUCUUUAAUUAAUUAUUUUUAAUUAAUUAUUAUUUUAAUUAAUUAUUAUUUUUAAUUAAUUAUUAUUUUAAUUAAUUAUUAUUUUAAUUAAUUAUUAUUUUAAUUAAUUAUUAUUUUUAAUUAAUUAUUAUUUUAAUUAUUAUUUUUAAUUAAUUGUUAUUUUUAAUUAAUUAUUAUUUUAAUUAAUUAUUAUUUUUAAUUAAUUAUUACUUUAAUUAAUUAUUAUCUUUAAUUAAUUAUUUUUUUUAAUUAUUAUUUUAAUUAAUUAUUAUUUUUAAUUAAUUAUUAUUUUUAAUUAAUUAUUAUUUUAAUUAAUUAUUAUUUUUAAUUAAUUAUUAUUUUCAUGUAUUUGUGUGGAAGAGAGAAACUGUAUAAAAUCACAUAAAAAGAAAAUUCUGGGGGAAAUAAUUCGUCCUGAAAUCACGUCAACACCUCAGGGACUCUGUCGGGGUUCUGCUGGACGAUGUCUCUGUCGGUGUGAGGACCUCUGAUCUUUCAGCUCAUCGUGUUUUUUUUCAUUCAGACCGUCUUUGGAGGUCAGAUUAGGAGGUUAGACCACAGAGGAGGACUGUGAAGAAUAAACAGGCUGUUAUAAAUCUGAAGGUCCUCUCUGAGUUCUGUUGUUAAAGUGAUGAAAGCAGACUCAAAGUCAAAGGAGGUCUCCUUCUUUUCAUCACCAUCAUCCUUCUUCUGAAGGAGGAGGAGUUCCUCAGCUCCUCUCAGCAGCAGGAGACCAAACCGAACAGGAGAAACCUUCACCGCUCUGAUCGAACCCGACCUCCACCUUCUCUACAGGAGGUUCUCAUGCCGUCAGACGGCCCUAACCUCCUGAAGGUCUGCCGUCUGAACUACUGCUCGUUAAAAAAUGUACUCAGAGGAAACAGAACUGUUUUCUUCUUCCUGAUUUCACCCUCAGAGCAUCAUGGGAACUGUAGUAGAGGAUAGAAUAAGAUCACUGUCGUGGUUGUUUGGGUGUUUUUGUCGUUUUUAUGUGAAAUCUUGUCGGCUGGACAACAAAUGAACCCUCAGGACUUCUGAAGGUUACCUUUACCUGUUCACCUGUGCAGGUAACCCGGUCCAGAACGAGGAGACGGGUCUGAUAGAGUUCAGACUGACGGGUCCUCUGCAGUACCUGACCUGGUACCACGCUGUGGGUCUGAUCUGGAUCUCAGAGUUCAUCCUGGCCUGUCAGCAGAUGACGGUGGCCGGAGCCGUGGUCACCUACUACUUCACCAGGUGAGUCCUCACCCGCACACCUGGUCCAGUCUGUCCCUGUGUGUGAGCGUCGGUCUGUGGAUCCAACGGGCUGAGAGUUCAUUCAUUCAUGUGUGACAGAGUGAACUGAUCUCUGAUCCCACUCUGAGCCUCAGUGACCCGGAUCAACUCUGUUUCAGGGACAAGAACAGGCUCCCGGUGACCCCCAUCCUGUCCUCGGUCCUGAGGCUGGUCAGGUAUCACCUGGGAACUGUGGCCAAAGGAUCCUUCAUCAUCACGCUGGUGAAGAUCCCCCGACUCAUCCUCAUGUACAUCCACAACCAGCUCAAAGGAAAGGUAACACACUUAUAUAUACUGAUAUUUAUAUACCCUAUUAUACUUAUACACUUAUGUUUGUAUAUUUAAAUACUUGUUUACUGUCCGUUGAUUGUCAUGUCAGCUGAUGUUGUUGUCGUUCACCAGGAGAACGCGUGUGCUCGCUGUCUGCUGAAAACGUGUAUCUGCUGUCUGUGGUGUUUGGAGAAGUGCCUCAACUAUCUCAAUCAGGUAACACACACACACACACACACACACACACACACACCUGUCUUUAUCUUUGAAUGUUUCCUCCCGUUUCCUGAAGACGAAGAUCUCACCUGUUUGUGUUUUUGUUUCUUCAGAUCCUGCAUAUGCAGCCACAGCCAUCAACAGCACCAGUUUCUGCACGUCUGCUCGCGACGCUUUCGUCAUCCUGGUGGAGAACGCUCUGCGCGUCGCUACAAUCAACGCCAUCGGAGACUUUGUGCUCUUCCUGGGGAAGGUGAGAUAACUGCGAGAGGCUUUUAUUUUGAAAGGCCCAGGCUGGAUUUGUCUGUGGUUACUUCCUCUCUCUAAAAUCACUGCGUCUGUCUUUAUCUUUGAAUGUUUCCUCCCGUUUCCUGAAGACGAAGAUGUUCCUGAUGUUUGUGUUCUUUGUUUCUUCAGAUCCUGAUCGUGACGUCGACGGCGUUCGCUGGCGUCCUCCUCCUGAACUAUCAGCGGGAUUACGCGGAGUGGCUGCUGCCUCUGAUCAUCGUGUGUCUCUUCUCCUUCCUGGUUGCUCACUGCUUCCUGUCCAUCUUUGAGAUUGUGGUGGACGUCCUCUUCCUGUGCUUCGCCAUCGACACCAAGUACAACGACGGCACUCCGGGGAAGGAGUUCUUCAUGGACAAAGCUCUGAUGGUGAGACCGCAGGGAGAACCUCAAACCGGGCUGUAGUUAGUGACCUGUUAAUGUGGUUCCUGCUGACGUUCACACCUGGUGAACCUGAACCUGUCAUCAGGCUCCUGUGGUCUGUGAGGUCCUGGACUCCCACGUCCAGAAGAAUCUGUGGUGCAGCCUGAGGAGGUUGGGGUCAUGGAGUCAGAGUGGGCCCCGUUCAAAGCCUCUUUUAUAGAGUCAGCUGAUGUUACUGGCACACAGGUACAGAGAGGCUGAGAGGCUGCCAGGUGUGGGCGGAGUUUGGAGAGAAAGACUUUCAGUGUCCUCAGGCUGUGUUCGCCAUCAUAAGCAGACAUGAGACAACAUCGUAAAGACGCUGGUCUGAGUCAAAGUACCGUAAAUGGAGAGUGUUGUCGGUUUCAGCUUUACAUCGGUCUGGAGGUUCCUGUGAAGUGAAGUGACACGAAAAACGAAAUAAAUUAUUGUAAGAAGGUAACGCAACCUCCGUCAUCGAGCACGUCAGCGCUGUGUCUCAAAUCAAACCCAAAUGCAGAAAUGUCUGCGGCUCGAGACGGCCCUGUCAACUCUGUCUGCUGCUGCAGGAGUCAUGGCGUGAUUGGACUUUAGACGGUUAACUGGAGCUCGUUCAAACCCUGAUGGCGUUGAGAUCACGUGUACGUUAAACUAAGAAAAAUAAGGAACAGAUAUAAACAGAUAUGGAUCGGUAAAAAUAGUCACGGUUUCAAAUACAAAAGUGAGAGUUCAGAGUCCCAAAACCUGCGAGAGAAGAAAACGUUUUUCAGCUUAUUAUUAGUGUGUUUUGGCAAAAUUUAAGUGUUUUUUAAGUGAAUUUUAAUGUGUUUUGGCGUAUUUUUGGUGUGUGUUUAAAGGUGUGUUUAAACGUGUGUUUUUAAAGUGAGUUUUAACAUGUGUUGGUGUAUUUUUGGGGUGUGUUUUUUGGCAUAUUUGUAGUGUUUUUUUAACCAUUUUAGUUUUUUUUUGUGUGUGUUUUUAGGGAUUUUUUAGUGUGUUUUUUAAGCGAAUUUCAAUGUGCUGACUUAUUUUUGGUGUGUAUUUUAAGUGUGUUUUUAAAUGUGUUUUGAGCGUAUUUUUGGUGUUCUUUGGCAAUUUUUUUUGGUGUGUUUUCAGCAAAUUUUAGUGUGUUUUUUAAGUGAAUUUCAACGUGUUGGUGUAUUUUUGGUGUGUGUUUUAAGCGUGUUUUUUAAUGUGUUUUCAAAGCGAAUUUUAAUAUGUUUUGGAUUUUUUUUAGUUAGUUUUUUGGUGUAUUUUUGGUGUGGUUUCAGCAAAUUUCUCGUGUUUUUUAAGUGAAUUUCAACAUGCUGGCUUAUUUUUGGUGUGUGUUUUAAGUGUGUUUUUAAAGCGUAUUUGUAGUAUUUACAGUGUGUUUUUUGUACGUGCCUCAGGUUGUUAGGAAUCGCAGUAGUUUCUUUGCUCCAUCCUCACAAUGAUUCUCCAUCUCUCUGCCCCCCCCGCAGGAGUUCGUAGAAAGCAGUCGGCGGUUGGAGCGAGCGGUGGAACGUGGGCGGAGCCGAGUGAAGGAAGUGGUGUCUGAAGGGGCGGAGAUGAAGCCCAUGGUGAGUGACAUCAGAGACGAAGGGGGCGUGGCCAUGCAGCAGAAGAGCUCUCCAGAGGAGGAGGGGGUGGGGCUGGACGGGGGCGGAGGGGAGUGGGAGGAGCUCCAGGAGGUCCAGGUGUACUACCUGCUGGUGGGGGUGCUGGUGGACUGGGUGCUGACGGAGCAAAGCGACUUUAUCCUCUGUUUCAGCGAGGAUGUCGUCCUCUUCCUCUGCGUCUACCUGCCCACCUCCACCCUCUUCCUGUUUGUCAGCAUGCUGCACACGCCAAGCCCCGCCCCCUCUGUCGCCAAAGCAACCUCCGCCACCGCCAAGAGAUAACAGCCGUGCUAACAGACAUGCUAACUCCAAUGCCAUUAUCUGCAUGCUAACAGAACUAUGCUAACGGACGAGCGCUAACAGAUGCAUGCUAACAGAACUAUGCUAACGGACGAGCGCUGACAGAUGCAUGCUAACAGAACUAUGCUAACGGACGAGCGCUAACAGAUGCAUGCUAACAGAACUAUGUUAACGGACGAGCGCUAACUGAUGCAUGCUAACAGAACUAUGCUAACGGACGAGCGCUAACUGAUGCAUGCUAACAGACUUUCUGACUGUACGGACUCUGGUGCAUGCCAACCUGCCUCUUCAUCUUCAUCCUAACCUUCAUCCUCUUCAUCACUGCUGCUUCUUUACUGCCUGGACCCACCGCUCACUGACUUCCUGUUUGUAUUUAUUUUUAUAUUUUUGUACGAUUUUACACGGAUGAUGAAUUUGUGUGUUUGGCCUUACGUUGUCACCGCCGUGCUUUCAGGACGAUGCAGCUACUCUCCUGUUUACACGCUGACGGUGUUUUCCCGCUUCAGCUUCAGAUAGUCACGCUAGUUUAACUCGAGUUUGGAUUUAAAGGGAUAGUUUGGGAUUUUUGAAGAGAGGUUGUUUGAGUCACUAAAUGUUUAAAGUCACAGUUGACGAUCUGAGAAAAAAACUGACCCGUUGAGGCAGAUUUGAAAAAGACGAUCCAGAAGAUCCUACGCUAGCUUCAAACAGGAUCCACCAUGUCGGAUUGUUAGUGACUAGCGGCGGUAAACGCCAGCUCUGCUAGCGAGCGCCGUCUGCAGCUGCCUGGACAGCUACCGUGUUGACAUGUCAGAGACUAAUAAGAGUUAUUUAUGUAACAUGUGCCACGGUAAAAGACUCCGCCCUUUCUUCUGUCUGCGUUUUUUUUUUGCGUCCUUCUCCAUCACAGCUCCUGUAGCUAAGCUGCUACGCUACUUUUAGCCGCUCAGAGCUCCGAGGAGGGCCGGGAGAGUGGGAGGGGACGAGUCGGAACUAUGGGAGAGGGGUGUGUCGAAUACAGCGAGGUGAUUGGAUGGAGAGGCGGAACAGGAGAUUGACCAAUGGGAGCUGUCCGGGACGGAUGGCUCCCAUUGGUCGAUGUUUUUGCAGCCCUGCACCUGAUUGGGUGAACAGAUUUUUUUCGAUCUUUUUUCUGUUUGUGGAGAUUCACUAUAGGACCAUGAUCGCCAUGGAAACCAGGUUCAUAAUAACAACCAAUCUCUCCAAUCGUCAACCACGACUUUAAGCCAUAAUUGAUUCCGGUCAGCUCGGCGUCUUCCGUGAGAAACUGUACGCAAGCUAGGCUACAGUUUUCUGCAGACAGGGCCAAGAGAUGAUGUGGUAGACUCGACCCGGUUUUUAUUAAAGAGGUCCAAAUGUGGCAAAAAGGAGCUGUAGAGGAACCUGACUCAGAACCAAGAAACCCAAACAAGAAACUGUCGUUAGUUUAAACCUGAUGAAAAUAAAAAUGUGAACAGACUUUCUGACCGUCUGCUGACUGUUCUUUCUGCCAGAGAACAAACUUCAGGUAAAUACCAGCGCGAAUCAAACGCCAGCAGACCAGGUUCUGGAGUCUGACAGUCUAAUCUUGUCCCAGUCUGUCCUGAUAGAGGAUCUCAGCUGCUCCACAGUUCAGGGUCUCCUUGGUCCUGUUUUUGGGGUCAUGAUGGUCCAAAUGUUUUCAGUCCAGUUCCUCAGCAGGACUCUUCUCCUCUUGUCAGAAUGUGGUUUGGGAUCAUAUGAAGGUCUUUGUCUGGAUGGACGCAGAUGUUCCUCCUAAACCUGGAGAUCUUCUUUAAAACUGAGGAUGCAGCAUCUAUGAUUCACAGAUCUUUGUUGAAAGGACAACUGGACUUCGGUGAAACGUCUCAAGUAAGUCCAGUUGUCCUUUUCCAAAAGAGAGUUAGAUUUAGAUCCAUCAGACCUCAGGAGAGUUUUGCUCUUCCCCUCAGUCCACCUUAAAUGAACUCGGGUCCAGAGAAGUCUCUGGUGUUUCUGGAUCUGGUUUAAAAGAGGGUUUCUCUUUGUAUGGUUGAGGUUUGAACCCACAACCUAACUGUCACACCUCAGGUUAAACAGCUGAUAUGUUGUCUCGCCAUCAGGAUUAAUGGAGCCUUCAAAGAUUUAACCCCCAAUUUCCACGGCAACCAGAACGGCUCCGAUCUGGAACGGCGGCGAUAUUCUCUGUCCGCCAAUUCCUACCUAUCAGCUUUCAUUUCAUUUGCUCACCCUCCAUCUUUCACGCCCUGACCUCCCAUGAUGCUUCACUCUCAGCCUCACUAACACAGCCCUGUCUGUCUGUCUGUCUGUCUGUCUGGAGGUUUUAACAUGUGAUUUCCUGUUUCAGGCUCCGGGGACGAGCUCAGCUUGACGAAAUCAGCCAAUGGGACUUCUUUAAAAAAAAAAAAAAAGAGACAUUCCAGAAGUUUAUUUUUACCAACGUGUAACAUGUUUACUAUGGUUUACUCCAGGGAAAACGAUAUUUUAAUAUGAACUGUAAAAACGUAACCAUGUAAUGAAGCACUUUAUAUCGAAGCGCUGCAGAUUUUAAACCGCCUGAUGCAUUUUUUUUCUAGUGAUGUCGUUUUUUAUAAACUCAUAGCCCCGCCCACUCUGCAGCUUUUUUUAUACACCACACACUCCUCAGCUGGACGCCAUGUUGGAUCACAGCGCUGUGAUGUCAUCAGCAGCUGAUUGGCAGAGGAGCGAGAUCAGUGGAGCUGUCGUCAUAGAAACGGGAACAGGGAUCUGAUUGGCUGAUUGGCUGAUGAAGGCCUGUUGGACAGCUGACGAGUUUCAGACUCCAUGUUGGACGUGUCAUCAUGAGGGCGGAGCCUCUGCUCACAUAUCAAACAUACCUGAGGACUCAGCUGCGGGGGGAGGGGCUGUCUGCAAACUAUUACGACCUGCAAGGUCAGGGUCAUGUGACCAACGAGGAAGCCAAGCUAGAGCGCCGAUUAUAAACUGAUGAGUCGAACUCGUGAACUGAAGAUCACCGGGUUUUGGCGGGAUCAGUCUUCAUGGUUUUUAGCAGGUACGUACGCUAACAGGUGAGGGUAUCCAGAACCAGUUUAGAGUUUGGACCGGGUCACAGUGUUCCUGGAGUCAACCCGGCACACGAAGUUCAGUUCUGAACUCGGAGAGAAUUUACAGUCAACAGAACCUCAAGAGGUCGCAUUUUGGAGCAGGAUAUGAUGUCAGUGUCGCUCCCUGAUCCGUCCCAGAGGUAAAAAUUUUUUUUUGUGGGAUGGUAGGGGAAGGUCCCGCCCUCCUUCGCCUAGAAGUGCUGGGCUCCGAUUGGUUAUUCCUAAUGGCUGUGGAACAUCUUCGUUUGUCAGAAGUGCGAUAAUGUUCUGUUUGAUGAACAGAGCCGACAGCCCGCGUUUGGCUUGAGCGUGUGAUGACGUUUCCAGCUUUUCCAGCCAAUCAGAGGCAAAGGAGGCGGGACUUUCCCCGUCCCGGAAACCCGAUAUGUUCUGCACAUGUGCAAAAUGUACGUCACUUUCUCUACCAGCCAUCUUUGCGACAGCUCAGCAGUUUUUCGCCCCUCGCCGUUUGCGUCAGCUUCGACAUCAGCGAGCUCGCUACAGUCAGAGAAGACGCUUCAGUUGAUAACAGCCACACUUUGAGUUCUUCCCCCGACUGAAGCAGAGCGCCGGAGAGUCCAGAGAAUGGCGCCCAGUUUCAUGAUUAAAGGUUCCUACUCCAGAUAAAACGUAAAAUCGUAACGUAGUUCUAAAAAGUUUGAAUAAAUCUGAAUAUUUUAGUGUUGAAAUUGAAACUGUAUAAAAACGCUGAAGUUCAUCGUCCAUAAUGUGUCGGCUUCUUGUUAAUUAAUUUAAUUUAUGAAAUAAAUUCCCCCUUGAAACUUUGAAAAGUCAUAGAACCAUAUUUUUGACCAGGUGGCGGCGCUCUCUGUGGCCCAAAAGGUCUCACCGCUCUGGGCAGGAGCUCUGGCGAAUGUUUCGGUAUUUUCUCUGGAGCCUCCUGGUAGCGAGCCUGUCACAUCGGCAGUUUGUUUACGAAUCGAUCGGUAGAUUAAAUAAAGUUUUUUCAAAGUGAAGUAAAUUUACUCUUGCGCAGUACGGAUCGGUUAGGUAGCGACUCACUGCCUUAAAUUAUAUUGAAGUACCAAGAGAGGAAGUGACGAACGUUUUGCGCAUGCGCAGAACAAAUCGGGUUUCCAGGACGGAUCGGGAAGCGACAGUCACAUUAGCUGGCGAGAAAGAGAACGGACACAUCGGGUCGACUUCAGUUCGCGCAAUCAGCUACGUCGUUGUCGUAAUCAGCUACAGUCGCACAGAGCCGUUCGUGUCGCUCUUUUACGAUGUUAGCGAACAGUUUAAGUUAGCUAACCAGUUUGUUCAAAUUUAACCGCGCUAACUAAAGCUAGCUUACGGACUUCCUUUGUCGGUCACAUGACUCUUGCGAUGCAGGUUGUCUCUACAGUCGCCCCCUGCUGGUGGGAGGGGUUUGGAGGUGUCAGCUGGUCUGUGUUGAAGAUGAUUGACAGUCAGAUUGUUUUGGUCACAUGGAUUCAACUUCCUGUCUCUAAGUCCCUCCUCCUCUUCACCAAGACUUCCACCACAUUCAAGCAUUUCAUCAAAUUCAGACAAGAAGACGGUGGGAGGAGAGUGGGCGGAGCUUCCUGUGGGGGUGACGGUCAGCAAUAAACAAACUGCAUCAUGUGACAUCGACGACAACAACAAACGUCAACAUCAGCGAGUCUUCCUGCUUCUGUUGGUUCAUCGUGUCCAAAGUCUGAUGACCCGCCCUCAGACAGGAAGUCUGAGUUUUCCUGUCAAUCAGCUGUCAAUCACAGGGGCCCAUGGAGCAGCCUGACAGGUGUGGUCUCACCUGGUCAGGUGCAGGUAAAGUUAAGUGGUGAGUUCAAGCCCCGCCCCCUGCAGCGUCACAGAUGGACUUGCUUUGGAGGCGAUGCUGCUGAGAUAACUCCUGCUGCCUGGUUGCCGGUCCUGGUUGCUCAACAUGUUGCUGUGUUGAUCUGCAGUUUGAUUUGUGUCGGGCUGAAUCCAAACAUCCUCCAGAGUCCAGGAACGCCGAUACCUGUUCAGGACAGGAAGUCUGGUUUCCAUGGGGAUCGGCGAAAAAACUUACCUGGGUGUAAAGAUUAAUUUGUCAAAUUUAAAGUGACUCAAAGAUGAGAGCUGAAGGAGUCAAUGCUGAGGGUGAUGUUCGGAAAAAAACACUAAAUUUAAAGUAUUAAAUCUAUAAACCAUAAACACUACAAUACCCAUGAGCCUCAGCGGCUGUCCCCUGGUGUGAGGUUGAUUAGAGAUUUGAUGCCUCUGGUGUUAAAAAAGAAACAAUGUGAAAAAUCUGCAGUACCUUCAGUGUCCACUAGAGGCUGUCCGAAAGUGAGUCAGUCCCCAUAGAGCCUCAUGUUAAAAAGUUCAACUUUACAGCAGAAAUGAACGUGUUUACAGCCUGGAAUAAAAACAGUUAUGGUCUCUGUUGUACAACAUUAACAAGGUCAAAGGUCAGAAAUAUAUCAUGUUAGUGAACGUAAAAAAAAAAGGGCAGAGACUAAAGCCGAGGUCAGUCUUGGUGUCCCACAAGGACCUCUGAAGUCCUCCUAAGAGCUCUGUGAGGUCAUGUGGUUUCAGAUCUGACUGUGUUCUCGUCUUUUGGUUCUAUAAUCGACAUGAUUCUUUAAAAUCGUGAUAAAUUUACAAAAACAAACAUGUGACACAAAAAUGCAGUUCGUCACUUUAGCCCAUAAGAAAUGAAUCAUUAAAGUUUUGACUAAGUUAGCUGUGAGGACCUUCACCUUCAACCUGCUACCUGCUACCUGCUGCCUCCACUUUGUUUGCUCAUUAAAGCCCUUUUUAAAGACUUUAUACGUUCGCUGACUACAUUACCCAUAAUCCUGUCAUACUGGACGUGAAUAAAAGCACUACCACUAAAAAAACAGACGCGAUCAGGCGUGAAUUAAGUGGAUUCAGUAGAUGGUGGUCCUGACCUCUGAGUUAUUACUUAUUUAUUGUUGUGUUGGUCUUACUGUAAAGACUCUUAAAUCAGUGACAUGGCGAAAACGGGAAUCAAAAGCAGCUCGCUCAGAGAAGGAUCAUUUAAAAACACGACAAUGACUCAUGCGGUCAGUCUCAGCCAUGUUUGAGGAAAAUGGCGUGAAGGAAACUCCUCCUCUGUUGGAUUAAUUAAAGUGUUUGGCAGUCAUGCAGACACAAUCCGACAUUCAAAUCAGGACAAAUCGGGAGUUCAAAUUUGGCCAAAUUAAUCGAUUUCUUAAUCUCUCGACACGGAGGCUGCGAAGAGACAAGUUAAACAUCGGCAAAAUAUCCGUAGACGCCUUUUAUUUACCAAGUCCGUUAUUAUAAACGACUUUAAGCCUGUUUCUCUCAGAAGUCGCUUGUAAAACCGAUGAGUCGCAGGUGCUUUUUUUAAAAUUUGUUUUUAACUCAUAGUUACUUUUUUGCGUUUGUUUUCCUGUAUGUGUGAACCCCCCAGAUUUGAAGUUAUUCGUUGGUUCGGCCCUUCAACACAGUUCAGGUUUCUCAUGUGGCCCCAUGUAAAAAUUAAUUGCCCACCCCUACAUUAGGACGUCUGCCUCUCAGCCCCAGUGGCCACUCGGGGUACUGCAGCAAAAACCAGCAGAGAGCCCUCAGAUUUGAACCCCUCAGAUUCAUGGAUGUUUGGAUUCAGCCUUGACUGAACUGUGACUGAAGAGUUUCUGUGAUCAUGAAGUUUGUUCAAGUGUGUUUCAGUGCUGAGAUGUUUGUUUCCCAUCAUGCCCUUCUGUCAGAAACACACACACACACACACACACACACACUUGGAGGUCGUGCAGAGCAGUGAGUCUGCAGACACUCGGACCUCUCUGACGUUUAUAUUUCCAGCAUGUGUUUAAACGCAGCGAGUCACAUGACGCUUCGAGCAUGCUCACACAGUAACUAAUUGCACUAAAGAUGGAGUUCAUUCAACACUGACGUCAGUUAAAAGUAGCUGUAAGUAUUUUAGGUGAACAGUGUCUGUAGCUCAGAGUAACACACACACACACACACACACACUCAGACCCCUGUAAGGAAAAAGACUUUUAUGGAAAUAUUUAAAUUCUGCUUCUCAGAGUCAUUCAAACUUUAUUUUGGGUCCACCGUGUGUGAUCAUGUGACCGCUGUCGCCGGGCAGAUUAACCGUCUGACUGCAGGACGGGACAGUUUGAUUCCAACAUCAGAGAAACUCUUUUUUUCCAUGUUUAUUAAACGUAAACAUGUUUUCUCAGUUUGUCAGAGCGACGUCUCUGCUGUUAGACGACAGAUUUUAAUACUUCUUAACUUAAACGUAAAAACUCGCCACCACCAGGGAGGACAGGGAUACCGCUGAAGACGAAGAGCCUGCGUCCUUUCUCAUGUUUUUCCUCUGGCGACGUCCACGGCUAACCUGACACGCCACUUAGACUGUUACUCAAAUCCAUGACCUUGGAUGUAGUUCUCGUCCCUCUGGACUCUACGCAGACGCUGAAGGACAGAGCCUUUAAAAGACUCAAGAGGUCGACAGGACAAGUAGCCAAUCAGAGCAAUUACACAUAUGAGGUACUAAUCGUAGAGUAAACCACGUAACGACGAACCGCCUUUGUCUCGUCAACACAUGAAUUUAACGACGUGUUAAAUCAGGACCGAUCGGGUUUGAGAAACAGGAUCAGGAUCAAACUCUUCCUUUGGCUGGAAAACAUGAAGAUCAUGUCGCAGUUUAAACAGACGCUCUAUUGAUAAAGAUCAUAUCUGUAGCCCCGCCCCUCUUUGAUUCUGGUUGGUUAAAGUUAAAGAAGCGACAUCGACAAGCGCAGCUUUCUGAGGGUUGAAUUUAAUAAAGCUGCUGAAGCUGAGGGAGUUAAUUCACUGAAGCGCUGAACUGAAUGUAGUUUGUAAAGUUAGUUCGUCACUGCAGGAGCUACGUCACCUUAAAACUCUAAUAAUUAAAAAAAUAAAAAAUUUUAUUAACCAGUUAAUUAACGUUACCUCUGAAACUGAGCUGAUGUUGGUUAGUCCAACCUUUGUGACCUGAUUGGUAGAUUAACCCCCGAUAUUCAACGCAUCUGGAACGGCGGCGAUUUUCGGAGUCCUCCAAUUUCAACCAGAUCCGUUUGAGCGGCGAAUUUCAUGGCGGAUUACAGACAGCAGGAAUCACAAGAAAUCACAAGAACCUGCAGAUUCACGUUCAAUCGCUUGAUAACGAGUCGUCUCUAUAAAGACAGACACAUAGACAUAUAAGCAGUAGAUUGUGUCCUUCCAGAGGAGGAAAUCUACUUCUAGACUUCUAGAAUCAGCAUCUCCUCAUCCAUGGUGUCAUCGGGGUGAAAUGACGUCUAAAAACCUUUCACUUGUUCGUCUCCGCCCGUUUGCAUGGUGUGAAAUACGAUCCUCCUGAAACACGGAGUGUUUUAUUUUGAAAAGAAGCAGGAUGUUUUAUUUUGUGUCUGUGCCCGACUUCCUUUCCAGCACGGGUUAAUCUGUGCUGAAUUUAUCCGCCAUGCUCCGGCGUCCAGAAAAAAUAGAACUCUUGUGAUCAGCUGAGGAGUCCGGCGAUCCGCAGAGGAACGGAAAGAAGUCGGUGUAAAUUGACACGUUAACUUGAAUGGUUACGAUCAGCUACGAUCGGAGGAUACGACCUUUUAGGAGACGAUCAGGAUGAAGGUGGAGGUCGGGGGUAACAGUGUUUCAUGUAGAAAUGAUUCUCCAGCGUCUCAAUGGUCUUCAGCGAUUAAAUAUUAGCAUGCUAGCGUUUACAAAAGAUAAACUCAGCAAUGAUUCUAAUCCAAGUUUAUCGAUGAAGAAAAUCUAAAAACAACAAAACGCUGACCACAGAUUACAGAUAAAGAUGAUAAAUUAUGGAUUAUAACAAAUAUAGAUUACAUUUAUACUCAGUUUGAAUGUUGGGAUGAAACUGUCCGCCUCCUGCUGACCAAUAAUCAUUCACCCAAUCUGACCAAUCAGCACGCAGAGAAGAGGCUCCGCCUGCUGAAGGUGUGGUGAACAGGUGAGCUGUGGGUCAGGGAUGCUCCAAUCAGAGUUAGUAACAUGAUCUGAAGCUGCUCACUGAUUGGUCCACAUUUGAUCAAUCAGCCAAUCACUGGACAGCUUCAACCGGCAGAUAGUAAAGUACCUGAGCCGCCACUCACCUGGUGACGGUGCGUAAGAUGACAUCACAGGUGAGCCCCUCAGCUUUUCAUGCUAACUGUUAGCAUGUCAUUAGCUUGUCCUUCAGAGAAUUUAGUUCUUUGAUGCUCUUACCGCAAAUACUAGCAUUAGCAUUAGCAUCAGCACUUCCUGUUUGAGUCACAAUGACGCCAUUUCUCUUGAUCUUCAAGGUCACCUCACAAGGUCACCAUUGUGUCUUUGUGCUGUUGGGAGCUCUGGGUUAGCAGCUAAGCUAACGUAGCUAAUGAUCAGACUGCUAACACAUUAGCCUGGCAGCAACAUGCUAACGUUCUGAUCCGGUCCGUCUUGUCGGACUUUAAAUCAUGAGACCAUCAAACUUCGUCAGAAACAGCUCACUGUGGGCGGAGCAUCCCUACCUGGAGUCUCUGGUCGUCAUGGUGACAGCAUUCAAACAAACACCUGUCAGGUGAGGACUGUUGUUCAUGUCAUAGAGAAGCUGCAUGUCCAUGUUUUAGCGUGUCAUCUUCGUACGUACGGUGAGAAUUAUCUUAGAUCCACACGAUUCAAAACGACUCUUCAGAUUUAACUCGUGCUAACUCGUGCUAAUCGAGGGAUGCUAAUAGCAAAAACAAGCUAAGACUUUAGGCUGACAGGUGAGUGUACCUGUCAGGUGUAACACUAGUGUUUAGGUUUUCUCUGCAGUCAGAAAUUGUUUGUAACAUUGAAGAGUUUUUUUUUAUAUUUAUCAUUUCUUAUGUAUAUUUGUUUUCUAAGAAAAAUAAUAAAAACGAAACUUUGACCUGAA